UUAAGAGAUGCACCAAACGCUUGACGUUCACACGCUGUUUGUACUUUUAUAUCAACAAUUGCUGUCGAAUGUGAACUUUGCUUGUUGACAGUGGUUUUUAUUGGGAUUUGAGGUGAGCAGCUGUGACAGUGCAGUCAUGCUCCCAGUAGAUGCUGGUCUGUACAUCGGCACAGCAGCUGAUCUGAAUGACAGACAGUCGUUGGCUGAUGCAGGCAUCACUCACAUCCUGUCUGUGGACUCUGUGGACCCCAGCCCGCUGAUUCCUACUGAUGGCAAUGUCUUCACUAAGUGGAUCAAUGUCUUGGAUGAGGAAACCUCAGACCUCCUCAGUCAUAUGGAUGACUGCUUCUUGUUCAUUAAAUCUGCUAUUGAUGAAAACAGGGCUGCACUGGUUCACUGUCAGGCUGGUCGGAGUCGAAGUGCCACAGUUGUAACUGCUUUCUUAAUGAAGAGAUACCAGCUGGGCUUCACAGAGGCUUAUGACAGACUGAAGAGGGUCAAACAGGAUGUGCAGGUCAACAGUGGCUUCGAAGAGCAGUUAUGUCUAUACGAGACCAUGCAGUGUGAAGUGGACACGUCCAGUCCUCUUUACAAACAGUACAGACUGACCAAGCUCACAGAGAAGUACCCUGAGCUGCAGCAGGUUCCCCGGGAGCUGUUUGCUGUCGAUCCUGCCAACACCAGCUCCUCUGAAGUGUCCUAUCGCUGCAGGAAAUGCAGACGGACUCUGUUCCGUGACUCCAGUCUACUCAGUCACCCUGUAGGAGACGGCGCUUCGUCUUUCAGCCACAAAAAGUCGAGUAACCUCACUGGUGAAGUACAGUGUACAUCAUAUUUCAUUGAGCCAGUGCAGUGGAUGGAACAGGCUUUACUUGGUGUGAUGGAUGGACAGUUGUUGUGUCCAAAGUGUAGCUCUAAGCUGGGCUCAUUCAACUGGUGUGGGGAUCAGUGUUCAUGUGGUCGCUGGGUCACUCCUGCCUUCCAGCUGCAUCGCAACAGAGUGGAUGAGAUACGACAAAUCAACAUACACAAAUAACACAUGUACAUUCACUGAUUAUUGCAGAUACAAUAAGAGAUCGCUCAAAGCAACACAAAACGUCAAGUUUUUAGUUUGGUAGAUGAGUAUUCUACAAUAUUUCUUGUGUAAAAAUAAAUAAAUAAAAGCAUAUAUGUCAAAACAAAAGUCUGCAGGAGUUUCUUCUGUGUACUUUAAACAUUAAUCUACAGUGAAAACGUCUCUGCUCUGUAAAACAUCAUACCUCAGAUGUUAAAAACAUACUUUGUGGUGUAAUUCAAAAUGUGCAAAUGAAAUAUGCUGUUUAACAUCUAUCAAAUUUAGAAUUUAAUCAAAUUCAUAAUGAUAAUGGAAUAUUUGUUGCUGCCGUUUUAAUUAAAACUCCCUAAAUGAAGAAAUGUAGUAUCACAAUGGGAUUUUCCUGGAAAAAUAAAAGAUACAUCAAAAUAACCAAAUAGAUCAACAUGCAUGUACAUUUACUCAGAAACAGAAGUAAUCCUUACAUCAUCAAAAUGAGCAUAGCUUU